AUGCAGUGGACACUUGCCUUUGCUCUCUGCGCCGUCGCCACGGUCCUUGCAAUCGACGCGUCGGAAGCCGCAUCGAAGACCAUCCAAGGAUCGCCCGCGCUCCUGUGGGGCAUCGCGGACAACAGCAGUCUGCCCGAGCUCUCCAGUCUCAGCGCCAACGGCAGUACCGGCAGUAUCGCGCUGGACCUCCAGAACAUCGCAGCCCUCGGCCUCACACUGAUUAACGGCGCGAGUCUUCUCAACAGUGCCCAGUCGGCCAUCGACCGCGGGAUACUCAAUGUCAAGGAUCCUGCCGCACUCAUCCACGCGAUCCGCGACGUCCUCCAAAACCCCAACGCGAGCAACGGCGCGGCGAUCGUCCGUGCGAUCGAGGCGCUCCUCCGCGCUGCGGUGCAGGUGGACCCCAGCCCCAAAGUGUGUCGUCAUCAAGCCAUCGGUCGUGGGAUCGGGUCGCCAGGUGUGAGCCAGUGCUUCACGAAAGAGGACGCCUACGGUGCGCUCUGCUACCCCAAAUGCAAGGAAGGCUACGAGGCGGUCGGCUGCUGCAUCUGCCGCAGAAAGAAGUGCAGUGCGGGUGAGUGUAGUAAAGACAGCUACGGCCGCGGCGUCGGCGUCUCGCGCCUCGGGUGCCCCGCCAACCUUGAAAAGAGCGGCCUCUUCUGCUACCCGCCGUGCGCUACCAACCAAGUCGGCGUCGGACCCUUUUGCUGGCCCGACUGCGUAGCGCCCACCGGUGCCGACUGCGGCCUCUUCUGCACGUCGACCGUCGCGACGUGUGUGAGCACAACCGUCGACAUUGUCGGGUCGUCGGCCAAGAUCACGCUGGCGCUCGUCUCGCAAGACUACAUUGGUGUCAUUGGCUCUCUCAUCCAAGUCGGCGGCAAGUACUUGUCGCUCGACAGGUGCCCUAAGUAA